ACCAUAUUGAGCGCCACGCAUCAAACUCCACUCGAGAAUACUGGAGCCGGUAUGCAGCACAGCCGCGACCCGACAUGUAACCGAUCGUCUUCGGACUUAAGCCCCUUAGAACAGGCAAUCUGGUCCCUUGAUCGAAGGUGAUUAGACAGCUAUACCCCUCCUCUUCCCCACCCGGAAAGCUCCUGCACACUCCUCAUUUCUUUUUCUCUCAAUUGUUGCGUGCAUCCGCCCUGAUACCCACAUCAUGUCUCUCGCGUACUCAAUCAAGAACAUUCCUAAGCAAAUCUUCAUUAACAACGAGUACGUCGAGUCAAAGAAUUCGAAGAAGUUGUCAGUGUACAACCCUGUAGAUGGAUCCUUGAUUGCAGACGAUAUUGCGCUCGCCGGAGAAGAGGAUGUCGACGCAGCAGUCGCAGCCGCCGAGAAGGCGUUCGACGGGUGGAAGAAGACCAGCCCUACGGAGAGGCGCAACAUCAUGUUGAAGUUUGCAGAGCUCGUUGAGCAGAACGCCGAAGAUAUUGCGAGGCUCACACGUGUGUCGCUUGGAGCACCAUACAAAGCUUUCGGGGCCUUCGAGAUUGGACUAUGUGCCGAAACCUUCAGAUAUAAUGCUGGCUUCAUCGACAAGUUCGGAGGAGAGUCAUGGCCGCAGGACGAUGGAUUCCUCAAGAUCGUCCGCAAUGAGCCUCUCGGUGUCACUGCCGGAAUCGUACCAUGGAAUGGUCCCAUCGGCACGAUUGGUCUCAAGGCCGCACCCGCACUUGCAACCGGGAAUUGCUUCAUCCUAAAGCCUUCUGAGAAGACUCCCCUCUCAUCCCUCGCUCUCGGUACUUUGAUCAAGGAAGCCGGCUUCCCUCCAGGUGUCUUCCAGAUUCUGUCAGGAGAUGGAAGCACGGGUGCCAUCAUCGCAAGCCACAUGCGCAUCCGCAAAGUCUCGUUCACAGGGUCCAUCCCCACCGGCAAGAAGAUCCAAGAGAUGGCUGCGAAGUCUAACCUGAAGCGAGUGACUUUGGAGCUCGGCGGCAAGUCUCCCGCCGUCGUCUUUGACGACGCCAAUCUCGACAACGCAGUCACAUGGUGCGCUAACGCCAUCACCGCCAAUACUGGUCAGGUGUGCUUCGCCGCCUCGCGCGUAUACGUGCAAGAAGGCAUCUACGACAAGUUCAUCGAGGGGUACAAGAAGGCCAUGCAGGCCAAGAAGAAUGAGGUCGGCGACCCAGAGACUGACGGCACCAACAUCGGCCCGCUCGUCGACAAGGCCCAGUUCGAGCGUGUGACCGGCUUUAUCGAGCGCGGUCAACAAGGUCAAGGCAAACUUCUCGUCGGCGGCCAGCGAAUCGGCGACAAAGGCUUCUACAUUGAGCCUACAGUGUUCACAGACGUUGAUCCCAACUCGGAGAUUCAUUGCCAGGAAAUCUUCGGUCCUGUUUCCGUCGUGAAGUCUUUCAAGACGGAGGAGGAGAUUAUGAAGCUUGCCAAUGGCACGGACUUCGGCCUCAUGGCCGGUGUGUUCACACAGGACAUCAACAAGGCACUACGGGUGGCGUCCGACUUUGAGUCGGGUAUGGUUGGCGUGAACUGUGUCAGUCUGAUGUUCGGCACCACGCCGUUUGGCGGUAGCAAGCAGAGUGGUUUGGGACGCGAGUGCGGCAUCUAUGCAUUGAGGGCAUUUACGGAGCCCAAGACCAUCAUGAUCAACCUUACGUAUUAGUUUAUUUGUUAGUCGAAAGUGUUCUCCCUGUCACGAUACACGAGAU